AUGCAAAAAGAUGCUCCGGAACCGAUCAGAAUCAGAGCCAUCUACUCGGAAUCACACUGGGAAGAUUGGAAUUUCCACCAAGGCCACGCGGAGCACUACAAUGGUCUCGUCCCGAUGCACACAUACUUCCGCCUCAUGCUAAACGCCCUCAAACUAGGCCAGGGUCAGGCGAACCAAGCAGCUGUAGAAGUCAUCCCCUACGCGCUCUCUACAGCACGAAGAGGCCUAACGAUGUGCUCCGAGGGAUGCGUACCUCGUAGUCGUUGGGGAUCGCCAUGUGACACGACCACGGAUAUCGCCGGCGCAAAGUCUAAGCUCUGGGAUAAAUCGCAGGAAGAAGAUAAAGAAGGAAUCUUGGCUAACGAAGUGCUAAAGAUCAGCUCGGGUCGCUUUGAGCCGUUCCCGGAACGCGCCGAUAUCAACAGCAUCCUACAACUCGUCAGCGGCUGCGAGGGAAAGCACAUGCAAGACCUACGAAGCAGGCAGAUGGGAUUACCACUCUGGGGACAUAAGGAGGCGGCCGCAUUCUUAGAACAGGCGAAGCACGAAGACGAGCGCAAAGAUUGGCUAGCAGGCUUCCAUUCGCAAUUCCCCCUCGGCCAGCCCGGUCCCACGACCAUCUUCGUCGAGCAGAUAGCGCAUAUCGUCGCGACUAUCCUAGCACUAUCAUUAUUCCGGAACUCCGAGGGGCUGAUGGUCCGGCCGGAUCCGUUUAUCUGGCAGAACGCCGAGUUUGCGCCAAGCACGGUGAUCUCGGCCAUCUGUCGCAUCUCUCGAGCUCAGACGGCAUGCUGUGACGUAACGGAGUGGCAUCGCGUAUGCAGGAAGCUAGCCGGAGAGCCGGAGGGACGACUGGAAAUCGAGCGGCAGAACGCGAUUAUGUCUUGCGGUGCCGGACAGGUCGUAUGGCCGGCGAUGACGCUCGACUGGAAGUUACCUGUGAAUGACGAGAGUUACCUACGACUGCACUGGUAUCGAGGCAAGAUUUUCAAUUAUCACGGCUACAGAUUGUAUCGUAGCAUCGUGGCUAUGAACUCGCAAGUUACGCCGGCUCUGACAAUUCGAAGCGUGCCGGUGAUCCCACCUAAACUUACACCGUCCAACACAUCAGGGGUUAAGCAGACACAUUACGGAUUCAAUCUACAGCUUCACCCUCUAGACAACCAAGUCUUAGAAUGCUGUCUGGUUAGAUCCUUCGAAUACGAAGGCAAUAUAAUGGCAUUCGCUGCUAUUGAUCCAACCGGCGUGCUGAAAACUCUAGCUUCUGCAGAGCGAAUCGAGUCAUGUCCUCACGACGAACAUGCAUCAGCGAACAUCGUCACAACCACAAACGCUCUAGGUAGUGGCGGUAACGCGGCCGCCGUAUCCCCAGACCUGUAUCUAUGCACCCCCGAAGACGUGCUACCCUGGUUGUGGGACUGGGCGCGCAGGGCAGACGUUGAGCAAGUGGCACGGCAAGGUCUGGGCGAGAUAUUGGAAUGCGUGAGGGAUGCAGAGGGACCACCUGGUGCUGUAGCUGUGAUCCCGACUGAGGCUGAAGACCGGUUGAGGAUUUUUACUUUGGCCAAGCCGGUCGGGGCGCAUGUUGCUAUUCGAGGACAUGCUUGUCUGGCUUGUUGUGUGAAGUUUUGCAAGCAAUUUGGGUUUAGUGUGCUUGUGCUGUAG